CUAUUUUGCACUUUAUUGUUAAAUUUGACAAGAAUAGUAAAAUUUACAUUUAAAUAAAGAUGGAACAAGCACGUAAAUUGCACGACCAGUACUACGGCAUUAUCGACAGGGCACUGUCGGGUGUAGGAGUAGCAGAGACAUUCCAAGCCAAAACCGGAGUUCCCAAGGCUUACGGAGCAGUUGGAGCCGGAGGACUUAUUUUCAGCAUGGUGUUUUUCAAUAUCGCGGCACCACUGUUGGUUAACCUGAUUGGAUUUGGAUAUGCUGCCUAUGCGACUAUGCACGCUAUUGAAAGUCCGGGCAAGGAGGAUGAUGCACAGUGGCUGACGUACUGGGUUGUUUAUGGAUUCCUCAAUGUUGUCGAGUAUUUUACUCGGGUCCUGACAUACUGGAUUCCGUUUUAUUUUGUUAUCAAGCUUGGGUUUAUCGUUUGGCUUAUGCUCCCAGCCACAAGAGGUGCCGAGCAGCUUUACCAGAGGGGUCUCCGGGCAUUGGUUGUUCACUCUAACAACAAACCCACCGGACUCCAAGUUCAUAGCUCACCCUCAACCAGCGUCCCCACACCUUUAUCGGAUGCCGGAAGCGUCAAAGUUCCCAACUUCAAAUCUGACUAAUUAGAAAACAAAACCUUAUACUAGUUAUAUAU